AUGGCGGCCAAGGAGGGGCUUCAGCGUCUGUUGGCGGCAUCAGAGGCUGGUCGUGUCCUUGAGGCGCAGCAGAUUUUCCACGAGUUGCAAGGACACCUGCCCGGCAAGCGCUUCGUGCAGCCCUUCCUGUGGAACGUGGUGCUGAAAGCCUCGGUCAAAGCAAAAGACUGGCCAAGUGCAGAGGCCUGGUUCCGCCAGAUCCCAGCGCGCAGCCGCAGCCCCCGGAGUUACGGGAAGCUCAUCAAUUGUGCAGCACAGGAUCUCCGCGCGGGUGGCCCAAAGCAGGCCGAGGCGGUCUUGCGCCAAGCGGAGCGGGCCUGUGUGACCCUGGACGCCUUUUUCUACGGCGCCUUGCUCGACGGAUGUGCUGCAGCAGGGGAACCAGGCCGCGCAACUGCAUGGAUGCAGCGCCUCCAGGCACAUCAACUGUAUUCCAGCGUCCGUGCCUUGACCGCGGUGGCCCGCAGCUGUGCCGCCCAGGGUGAAGCAGAAGAGGCCACAGCAUGGAUGGAAGGCACCGAAGAAGAGGACAAGUCCAUGCUUCGGCUCCAGGCCACCGCCAUCGUCGCGCCCGACGAGGCGGUCCAGGAACUGCAGAAGAUGCAACAGACCGGCCGCAACAUCCACGAACACAGCUACGGCGCCGCGAUCAGAGCUUUGGCGCAGCAAAGUGACACCCAAGGUGCCAGGCAGCUUCUACGGCAGAAGCCGACUCCUCACAACUUCACCACGGUGAUCGGGGCGUGCGCGAAGCGUAAAGAGUUCAGAGUUGCGAUUCUGCUGCUGGCAGAGAUGCUGGAAGCAGGUUUGGAGAUGGAGCUGUGCACCUGGGCAGCUCUCUUGUCCCAGACGCCCUUAGCAGUGCGUUGGGUCGAGGACAUGCGGCACUACCAAUUGCAGCCGGACGAGGUGAUCUAUGGCGCAGCCAUCGCGGCCGUCGCCCGCACCAAGGAGGCCGACGAGGCACUGAAGAUGUUGCACUCCAUGCGUUCAGAGCAGCUCGUUCCGAAUGCGGUCGCCUACACCGCCGUGAUAGCAGGAUAUGCAAGGCAAGCCAAGGUGACGGAGGCGGAGUUGCUCUUAGGCGAGAUGCAGCAAGAAAGUUUAGCUGCUGAUGAGGUCACGUACUCUGCAUUGGUCGGAGCAUAUGCCAGGAGGGGGGACCUGGAGAACUCCAAGCGCUUGGUCUCGGACAUGGCGCUCUCCAAGCUUCGGCCCAACGUCGUGACAUGGACAGCCCUUUUGACUGCUUGCGCUGUUGCAAAGCCCAAGAAACGCGAAGAGUCCCAGCGGAUCUUUCGGCAGAUGGUGCGGUGCAAUGUGAUGCCAAACGAGACGACUUUGAAGACCUUGACUUGGGUGUCUUGGCAUUCAGAUGACCCAGGGCCCAUUGAUGGUUGA